AUGUCACUUACCACAGACGAGGUGAUGGCAGUCGGGAUAGUGAUUGCCCUCAACGAAAAGAAAAGGAAGCGUUCAAAGUGGACAAAGGACUGGUUGCUGAAAAGGGACCAAAUUUCACAUACCAACUUAAUGAAAGAGCUGAAAUUAGACCCAGAUGAAUGGCGCAAUUAUAUGCGCAUGGAUGAAUCAACAUAUUUAGAACUUUUGAAUAUGGUCACUCCAUUCAUUACAUGUAAAGACACCGUAAUGAGGAAGUCCAUUAGCCCUCAUGAACGGCUGAUCGCAACACUGCGUUUCUUAGCAACAGGCCGAUCUCUGCAAGACUUGAGAUUUUCAGCUGUAAUGGGAACUAGCACCUUAUCCAAGAUUAUACCAGAAACUUGUGUUGCCAUCUACAAAGUACUCAAGAAGGAUUAUUUAAAGAAUUAUCGCUUACAUGAAAGGAACUUGACGACUGUGGUACUGGUGUUGCAAAUGAUUCAUGUGAAUGAAAAGGAGUGGAAGACUGUUGGAGAACAGUUCGAGUUUAGAUGGAAUUUUCCCCACUGUCUCGGUGCUGUUGAUGGAAAGCAUGUAUGGAUAACGCCGCCAUCAGAAUCAGGGUCUUAUUAUUGGAAUUACAAAGGAUACAACAGUCUUGUGUUAAUGGCAGUUGUAAAUGCGAACUACGAAUUCAUUAUGGCAGACAUUGGAACUAAUGGUCGCGUAUCAGAUGGAGGAGUCAUUGAUAAUACAGAAUUUGGUAAGCGACUCAAAGAUGAAAAGCUCUGCAUCCCACAUGAGUCAGUAACAGCUACUUCAAAUUGUGUUUUGCCAUAUGUAUUCGUGGGAGAUGAGGCCUUUGCAUUAAGGACAGAUUUCUUGAAACCUUAUUCUCAAAAGGACCUACAUAGUGAGACGCGAGUAUUCAACUACAGGCUGUCAAGGGCACGGAGAGUGGCAGAAAAUGCCUUCGGCAUUAUGGCUUCCAGGUUUAGAAUUUUCCACACUUGUAUAAAUCUCAAAUUGACAAGUAUUGACAAAGUUGUCAUGGCAUGUGUUGUGCUACAUAACUAUUUGCGGAAAGCAUGCCCUUCAGACUAUUCCCCAGAGGACUGCUUCCAUAGGGAGGAUAGAAUGUGCAAAAUGAUUUUGCCAGGCUUAACUGCAGAUCCUUAUGUAGCAGGUUUGCAACACGGUCAGGGAUCACGAAACUAUCCUGAAAUUGCAAAGGUAGUAAGAGAUAGAUUUAAGGAUUACUUUGUGAAUGCCGAUUAUAUGAAAGCACCCAUGAAACUGAAUAAAGUCAUCUAUGCAUAG